UCCAGCAACGCACUCUGGAGGUCGCAGCCCGCGCGCCGCUCUGCCGUUCGCACACGGCGCUCUUGGCCUCACUGAGCAUUGACAAGGGCCGCUUGGGCAGAGUGAUGAGUGAUGAGGACUCUGAGACCCCUGCCACCGAGUUACAGGGGGGAGAGGAGAACGAGCUGCCUAUUAUCCAGCUGUGUGGGCUGGUGGAAGAGCUCAGUUAUGGAAACUCUGCUCUCAAAACUGAGACAGAGAUGUUUGAGAAAUAUUAUAAUAAACUGGAGCCCAGGGAUCAGCGACAUCCACGGUUAUCAGAAAUUAAAAUCACAAGAGCAGAAUUUGCACAGUUACGAGGCAGGUACAGAUCCAAAUCCCGCGUAGGUGUGGACCGUGCGAUAGGCCUCAGUUACGACCAAAAAUGUGAGCUUGUACUAAAGGAACUGGAUGACAUGAAGGAUGAAAUAAGGCACAUGAGAGCAAAUGCUGAACGAGAUCUGCAGCACCAUGAGGCAAUCAUUGAGGAAGCUGAAAUGAGAUGGGUUGAAGUCUGCAGAGCAGUGCAUGAGUUUAAAAAAGAUGUUCUAAAAACUAUAUCCAAGAAGAAAGGGAGUAUUUUGGCCACUCAGAAAGUGAUGAAGUACAUUGAGGACAUGAACCGCCGGAGGGAUAAUAUGAAGGAUAAAUUAUGUUUGAAAAAUGUUUCUCUCAAAGUGCAGAGGAAAAAGAUGCUUUUACAAUUGAGGCAGAAGGAGGAGGUGGGCGAGGCCCUCCAUGACGUUGAUUUUCAGCAGCUGAAGAUCGAGAAUGCUCAGUUUUUAGAGACCAUUGAAGCAAAGAAUCAAGAACUGAUCCAGCUAAAGCUGGCAUCUGGAAACACCCUGCAGAGACUCAAUGCGUACAAAGUAAGGUCCUCCCUGAUGUCCAGGUUCCUGAGGCCUCCCACACCCACCUUGCCAGCCACAAGCAAGCUACAGAGAUCAACGGAAAUGUCCAUCCAUCUGGACAAGGAGAUCUUGCUGAGAAAUGAGUUACUUGAGAAAAUUGAAAGCGAAACCCUACAAGCAGAGGAGGACCGGGCCAAGGCUGAGGCCGUGAACAAGAGACUCCGCAGACAGCUGGCUGAGUUCCAAGUGCCGCAGGUGAUGGUGUACGUGCGGGAGAAGAUCCUAACUGGGGACCUGCAGAAGACCAUCAAGAUGUGGGAAAGGAAAGUGGAGAUUGCAGAGAUGACCUUAAAAGGCUACCGCAAGGCUUGGAAUAAAAUGAAAACCACCAAUGAGCAUUUGCAGGCAAUUUGCCCCCCUGGGAAGUAGCCAGAGGGAGGCCACAGCUGCAGACCAGAGUGAUCCAUUAAAGUAAUCAGCUCCUUUCCAGUCAAGGGGUCCUCUCA